AUGACCGACUCCUUCGAGCCGCACGAGGUGCCCGGCCGCUAUCUUCCCGAGUACCACCAAGCCAAAGGCAAACACGACUUCUUCGAAUGCUGCCGCUCCCCCGAGAUCGCCUCGACGUUGACGCUGCAACCGAUCGACCGCUACGACGGGCUCAUCGAUGCGGCCAUCAUCUUCUCCGACAUCCUUGUCAUCCCGCAGGCCAUGGGCAUGGAGGUGCUGAUGGUCGACGGCGUGGGGCCCAAAUUCCCCAACCCGCUCCGCAGCCCCGCGGACAAACAGUACCAGGAGAUUGUGAAGAGGGAGGUCGAUGUGAAGAAGGAGCUGGAUUACGUGUACAAGGCCAUCACAAUGACGCGGGAGAAGUUGGCCGGGCGGGUGCCGCUGUUUGGGUUCUGCGGCGCGCCCUGGACGCUGCUUUGUUACAUGGUGGAGGGAGGCGGGACGAAACUGUUCAGGGAAGCAAAGACGUGGGUCUACAAGUAUCCGGAAGAGAGCAAGGUGCUCUUGAUAAAGAUGGCCGCGAUUUGCGUCGAGUACCUCGCGUUACAGGUGGCUGCGGGGGCACAGAUUGUGCAAGUCUUCGACUCGUGGGCGGGGGAGUUGUCACCGGCGUCGUUCAAGGAAAUCUGUCUGCCGUCACUCGGCUAUAUCGCAGAGAACCUGCCCAAGCGGCUAAGGGAGAUGGGCGAAGAUGUCGUUCCUAUGGUCGUGUUCGCAAAGGGCGCAUGGUACGCUCUAGACGACCUAUGCGGUUUGGGUUAUGAUGUUGUGGGGUUGGACUGGUUGCACGAUCCCAAGGAGGCAGUCAAGAUCGCGAGAGGGAGAGUCACUCUGCAGGGUAAUGCUGAUCCGGGAGUGCUCUACGGGAGCCGUGAAGCCAUCACGAAAGUGGUCGAGAACAUGGUCGAGGGGUUUGGAGGAGGAAAGGAACGAUGGAUCGCCAAUUUGGGGCAUGGCGUGACCCCAGGCGUGAAUCCGGAUGAUUUGAAGUUCUUCUUUGAGGAGAUCCACAGGUGUACUCGGUAG